AACAGUAGGAAGCGUUUCGCUCCUUGGGUUUAAUGUUACCCGUCUUGGGAAGAUUACCGGUAAAUGUCAUUACAUCUCUUCUUACAAACUUUCUCCGCUCACAGACACUCAAAAGAUUAUCGUCUGUCGGCCCAGAACUGUGUGGAGCUGAUCCAGUUGAGGUGAUGUGCAGUUCAGGAUCGGGGGGGCCUGAAGAGGAUGCCUCUGUAGAGUAUGUGUACUGCAGAGGAGCAAUCACAGAGCUGCUUAAAUAUGGACCAACAGACCUGCAUGCCGCUAGCAAACGCCCCAAUCCUCCCAAAAUGCUCAUCCUUGUCAUUCCAGGUAACCCAGGUGUGGUGGGUUUCUACAAGACAUACAUGUGGACUCUGUAUCAGACGUUCAUCCAGAGAUAUCCCGUGUGGGCUGUGAGCCAUGCUGGACACUGCAUGCCUCCAGAAACCUAUGAUAUGAUUGAAGAUGCAUCUGUGACUGAGAAGGAAGAUGUUUUUGGGCUAAACGGGCAGAUUGAACACAAGAUGGCCUUCCUUCGAAAGCAUGUGCCUCGGGACACAAACCUGCUGCUGAUUGGUCACUCCAUCGGUUGCUACAUCAUCUUGGAGAUGAUGAAGAGAGACCCAGAGCUAAAGGUUGUGAAGGCAGUGAUGCUCUUCCCUACGAUUGAGCGCAUGGCCUGUAGCCCUCAAGGGAAGGUCAUGACCCCUGUGCUCUGCCGGCUGCGGUACGCCUUCUAUUUGCCCAUCUUUUUGCUCUCCCUCCUUCCAGAGAAGCUGAAGGUCAGCAUAGUGCAUCUGGCUCUGAGGAAUUUAUAUGCACUGGACACCUCCAUCAUCCCAGCCACCGUCAGCCUGAUCAAUGUAGAUUGUGCAGCCAACGGUAUGUACAUGGGAAGCCAAGAAAUGAGACUGGUUGUAGAAAGGGACAACGCAACUGUACGUCAGCACCUCAGCAAGCUUAUUUUUUACUAUGGAGCCACGGAUCACUGGUGCCCUGUGCAGUAUUACCAUGAUAUCAGACAAGACUUCCCUGAAGGGGACAUUCGUCUGUGUGAGAAGGGUAUCCGGCAUGCAUUUGUCCUGGAUGCAGGGGAGGAAAUGGCUAACAUGACAGCAGAGUGGAUCUUUGACGACUUGAGGACGCUCUGAUUACAUUUUAUUCCUUUUUAACGUGUACCAGCCAAAUAUUCUAACUGAGCCCCCUGUGUGAGGUUUUUUUUUUUUUUGCGACCGGUAUUUUAGGAUGCAUUACCUUUUUUUUCAAGGCACAAAACACUUGACUGAUGACUAUGACUGAUAUAUUGGUGGAAUUAAAUUUUUCAAAUAUCCUGAUGGUAAAAUAUCUCACGUUUUGAUUCUCAAAUAUGUGUAAGCAAAUGUAUUUUGUCCCUCAACUAUGUGGUGUAUUGCUUUAGUUUACUUGAAGAGUCUCUAAUUUCUAUCAAGGACGUUGUUAUUUGUCUGUUCGUGAUGAUUGUUGGCAGAUAACACAAAUGUGCAGAGCAGGACCAAGUGUCAAUUAUUUAUUUUGUAAUUUAUUAUUUAUAUGAUGACCUGGCAUAAAGGAUAUUGUCCUCUUCAUACUAAAUUGAGAUUAUUAUUAUUAUUGAUAUUCAGUAACAUCAGAUUAAAGAUUUAUAAAAAAAAAAAUCAUAUUACAAACUACCCAGAGAAUGAUUUAGACUUCAAAUGAUUGAAACACUUUAAUCACGUUGUUAUAAACACAUUUGCAGUUAUAAUUUCUAAUGUAACAUUUUUUACUUCUAUGUAUUGCUGUAUUCAUUUAAUACAGUUAAAAACAAAUUACAAUGUUGAUUGUCUAUAAAAUAUUUAAAAUAUUUACAAACAUUUGCCUAGUAUUUAUUUCCCAUUGUAUAUUAAUCUCAUGUUAUUCAUGUAGGUUUUCAGUGAAAUGUUUUACAUACAGAACAUGUUACCUGUGAUUUGAUUUCUGUCUGUAGAGAAACUGUAUUUUUAUUAUAGCAGGAAAUGCCUGUACUAGCACGGGUCAAAUAUGGUCCUGUCAGCAAUGACCUGGGACCUUGUAGAACCACAAAACUGUGAAUGUUAACGAAGCUCGGACUAACCCUCAUUUAAGGCUGGAAAAUUAUGCAUAUUUGAGCUUUUUCCGUAUGAAUGGACCUCAACAUUAGCCCUUUUAUUUUCCAGACGGCAUCAGCAGGACUCUGGAAUAGUGUUUUACCUGUAAAGCUGCUAUUCUCUUAGUUUGAGAUCUAUUUGGAUUCUUUAGGCCCCAACUUGGCUCCUGAUGCCUCCCAAGAGUUUGCUUUAUGGUGAAUGGAGGAGCCAAAGCAGGACCCCUUAUAAGAAAAGCCGGCUGUAGGUUCGUUCUCUGCUUGCAUGAUUCCUGGGGGUUACCAAGUGAAAUAUUUUGACAGUUUACCUCAACAGCCCAGGGACCAGUAAUAUUAUUCAGUCCUCUAACCACCUCAGUCAGUGUAUUGAAACAUCAAAUCUCUCAUAUUUUACUCUGAUGCUCAAAGUGACUUGAUCUGAUAUUCCUGACCUUAAAGGAAUAGUUCACCCAAAAAUGAAUAUUCUGUCAGCAUUUACUCACUGUUUCAACCCUUUAUGACUUCCUUUAUUUGGGACACAAACCCUGUUCCAAAAUAACCACCAUAACAGUGUCAUAAAAUGGUCAGUAUGAAUCUGAAGCCUUAUACAAAAAUGUAGAUCAUUAUUAAAAAAAUAAGGCGUGAGAUUCACGGUGAUGUCCAAUUUCUGAACAAAUCAUUCUUUUGAGCCAGAUCUUUUAAACAAAUCGCUUGAAUGAUUUGCUUACAAAUCCUAUCCUCGGGAUCUCAAGUUCAACUCAUUGUCUCAGCCUUGUUGAAACGAUUAACAGCCAUUGAUAGGAGUCAAUAACAAAAUUUCAGUUUGCUUCGAAAGAUUCAGAAUGUAGUGCAUGAGUCACUUGGACGACGUUUGUGAUAUUUUUAGGGUCUGUUUACAGAGAUGCAUUUUUGCAUUUAGAAAUCGGGUCCAACUGCAGAGGCGCAGCGUUGGAUACUGGAAAUGAUUGUUUCAUAAGAAACUUCAACUUUAUUCAAUGUAUAACUUGCAGCUUCUUUGUGUCUUUUGUGUAUGAACGUGCCCUGAUGGUGCUUUUUUGUCAUUUUGGAGCUCAACAGCACAAAUACUUAUUCUGAGAAUAUGUCAGAAUGUGGCUAUUAUUAAUAAAUUCACUUGAAGGUCAUUAAAUGAUAA